UUGAAGAGGCCAAAUGAUGAGCUUCUCUCUUAAGCUCUACUCAAGAGUUCGGGAAUAUAUGAUAACAUCUACGGAUGAACAGCUCCAUGGAAACAAGUCAUCUAGUGGCAACACUUCCACCUUUUGGAUGUUUACUCCACCCCAGGCUCCAACCAACAGCUAUGAUGAGGUUUAUCCUGGUGUUUAUUGCGGUGACAUGAAAGUAGCGCUAGACAACGAACAUUUGAACAAGAUAGGCAUCACCCACAUAAUCAACUGCUCUCAGGGUAAGGGAAGCAGUGAAACAAACACAGACUCAAUGUUCUACCAGCCAGCUGGGAUCAAGUUCCAUGGCAUUAAGGCUCAGGACUCGCCAACUUUCAAUAUGACGAUCUUUUACAAGGAAGCUGUAGAAUUUAUGGACAAAGCAUUGAAGUCUGGAGGUAAAGUGUUCGUGCAUUGCUCGAAGGGUGUCAGUCGCUCGCCCACCAUUGUUAUCGCCUACCUGAUGAUGAAAUGUAACAUGGACCUGAUGUCUGCCAUGAGAACCAUCCGACCGAAGCGCAAGAUCCACCCGAAUGACGGCUUCAUCCGACAGCUUUGCAUUCUCAACCGGGAACUGUAUGGCAAUAGCGAUUGAAUUUGUUGAGUGUCAGAAUGUUAUUUGAAAACCUGGCCUUUUAUCAAAUGCCUAUAGCGCCUUAUUAAAAACUUCAUUCAACUUCCUGAAAUCAUAAAAUAUUUUUCAUAUUAGAUUAAUUUGUACUUGUAUUUUUUGGUUAUGGUAAAAGGUCAACAUGAACUUAAAUAUUACAAUAGUUUCUUAAAGAAUAAAAUAAUGUCUGAGAUUAAUAUUAGUAUUAUUAAUAUUAAUAUUAAUACUAGUUUUGUUACUUAGCAUCACUUUUACUCUAGAAACCUGUAAUUGUUCAACUAACAAAAUAGAAAUAUAAGAGAUUCCUGUUAUAGCAGUUUCAGUGAUUGCUGUAUCAAUUAUAAUUUUAACAUCUCUGACAUUAAUCCUUGUUAUCAUUGCUACACAUUUAUCCUUUUUAUCAUCUCUACAUAUUUAUCAUUGUAAUCAUCACUACCCAUAUAUCAUUGUUAUCAUCACUACAUAUUUAUCAUUGUUUUCAUCAUUACACAUUUAUUAUUGUUAUCAUUGCUACACAUUUACCAUUGUUAGCAUCACUACACAUUUAUCAUUGUUUUUAUCGCUACGUAUUUAUCAUUGUUUUCGUCAUUACACAUAUAUUAUUGCUAUCAUCACUACACAUUUAUUAUUGUUAUCAUUGCUUCACAUUAUUAUUGUUAUAAUCUCUAAACAUUUAACAUCAUUAUCAUCAUUACACAUUAAUAAUUGUUACCAUUGCUACACAUGUAUGCAUUGUGCAUCAUGAAAAAGUUAAUGUAUAAUAAAAGAUCUCAACUGUA